AUGGCAUCAUCUCUCUCGCUCGUCGUCACCGGCCGCUUCCUGCUGGGCUUUGGGCUAGGCAUGGCCAUUCCCAUCAUGGCUCUCUACAUUCCCGAGAUCUCCCCACCGCAGCAGAGGGGCACGUUUGGUGCCAUCCCCCAAGUCCUCACGUGCACCGGAAUCCUUGCCGCCCUGCUUGCUGCCGCUCUCCUGCCCGCCUCAUCGUGGCGCAUGUGCUUUUGGAUUGCUGCAGUGCCCGCAGCGCUGUUCUGCAUGGCGUGUGAAUUCCUGGUGGACAGCCCCCGGUGGCUGGCGCAGGUGAGAAGAUGGGGCAGGGAGGUGUGGCGGUAUGGCAUUAGGUGUCGCAUCACUGUCAGUGCCAGGUUGCCAGCAGCGCUGUUCUGCAUGGCGUGUGCAUUCCUGGUGGACAGCCCCCGGUGGCUGGCGCAGCAUGGCAAGUGGUCAGAAACAGCAGCAGCAGUAACCCAGCUACUAGGAGAAGCGAAGGUGAAAGAGACCACGGACGAUCUGCUGCAUCACUCCUUAGGCCCAGGCAGUCACCCCCUCUCAUCUCCCCCCACCUAUCAACCUCAGCACGGCAAGUCGGGGGAGGCAGCAGCAGCGGUGGCGCAGUUGUUGGGAGAAGCAAAGGUGAAACCCGCCCUGGACGAUCUGCAUCACUCCUUAGGCCCAGGCAGUCACCCCCUCUCAUCUCUCUCUAUCCCUCCCGACCCCACUACCGCACCUUCCCUACCCCUCUGCCCCCGCCUGCAGCAUGGCAAGUGGGCGGAAGCGGCAGCAGCAGUAACCCAGCUGCUGGGAGAGGCGAAGGUGGGAGGAACCAUGGACGAUCUGCAUCAUUCCUUUGGGGGAAGAGGCAGCAGGGGGCACGAUGUGGGGUGGGAGGGCGAGGCUAAGGGGGAAAAGAAGGAGGGGAAAGGAGAGCAGCAGCAUCCGGGGUAUGUAGUGCUGGAGAAGGGGAAGGGGGUGGCUGUGGCGGGGAAAGGGGACGAGGAAGGUCUGGUGAAGGAGUGGGGAGCGGUUGAGAAGGUGACUUGGCAAAGCCUCUUCUCCAAGCGAUACGUGCGGGGAGCUGCCCUCUCCGCCCUGCAGCUACUCAGUGCCAACAACGCUGUACUCGUUUUCUCCUCUCACGCCUCCCUCCCUCUUACGUUCUUUGUCUUCUUUCCUUGUCACCCAUCCCCAUUCCCCAUCGUCACCAUCGGAGCAACACUAUUUGCUCUACAGCAACUCAGCGGCAUCAAUGCCGUAUUCUUCUUUUCCUCGCACCUCUUCAAGUCGGCCGGCAUUCAGUCCGGCGCCAUGGCAAGCGUUGCCAUGGGCACUCUGAACCUAGUUGCUUCUCUGGUGUGCUCUGCUCUUAUCGAUUCAUCUCUGGUGUGCUCUGCUCUCAUCGACCGUGUUGGGAGGAAGGCGCUCAUCACCGGGAGCUUCAUUGGCAUGGGUCUUUGCAUGGCGGUGCAAGCAGCAGCGCAGGUGUUACCCUGGAUGGGCCCCAUGGCACCGCUCAUCACUCUCACUGCCACCCUCGUCUACGUAGCCUGCUUCACCAUGGGAGCCGGACCUGUGCCGGGCCUGAUGCUGCCUGAGAUGCUGCCGAACCACAUCCGAGCCAAGGGCAUGGCCUUUGCCAUGUGUGUACACUGGGUCUUAAACUUCAUGGAUGGUUUCCCCUUCCUGCCUCUCAUGGUCUUCAAUUUCAUGGUCGGUUUCUCCUUCCUGCCUCUCAUGGUUCGCUUCGGCCAAACCACCCUCUUCUCAUUCUUCGCUUGCGUAUGCUUCGCGGGUGCACUCUUCACGGCCACGUCUCUUGUCGAAACAGCGGGUCGCUCUUUAGAGGAGAUAGAAGAGCAGCUGCUGCCCCCAGCCUAG